AUGGAGAGCGGCUCGCUCCACGCCAUUAUAUCAUCUCCCACUCUCGUGAUGUCUCCGCCCAUUCCCACCAAUGCCUCGGCAGUCUCCCUCGCGGCGAAUCACCACCAUCGCUCCGCUUCCGGCGCUCCUAACGCGAAGCGCCAGCGCUGCUCGGAUGGAAGCGUCGCUGCGGAUGCGUCGCCGGAGAAGGCGGCGGAUUUGUCGCGACCGAAGUCGUGCUUUAUAAUGCUCGAGGAGGACGGGGACGAUGAGAUAACUGCUGCGGAUAUUGCGUGGUGCGACGACGGAAGCUACGUGGAAAUAGACACUGACGCGCUUUUCGCACUUGACGAAGAACCGUCGGCAAAGACUCGGAGCGCUCACGACAGCGAGCAGCUGUCGGAUGAGCUGUCGCAGGAGCACCGCGGAGCGUCGAAUGCGUCGCACGCGUCGCAUGAGCGGCAGGGGAAUGGCGGGAGCGGCAGCAGCUGCGAGAGCGGCGAGACGUUGAGCGAGAAGCAGAACAAGAGCGGCGAGGAGGGAUCCGCGAAAAGGACGAGCAAGGAAGGGCGCAGCAAACGCAAAGUCAAGGUCGACUGGACUCCUUCCCUGCAUCGCAAGUUCGUGCAGGCCGUCGAGGCGCUCGGCGUCGAGCGCGCGAUCCCGUCGCGCAUUCUCGAGCUCAUGGGCGACGCGGCUCUCACGCGCCACAACAUCGCCAGCCACCUCCAGAAGUACCGCUCGCACCGCCGCCACCUGCUCGCCAAGGAGGCGGAAGCCGCCACCCUGCACGAGCGCGCGCCCGCGCACGCGCCGCCCCCCGACCCCAGCUCCUGGACCCCGCUCCGCCGAGACGGCACCGCGUGGGUGCCCGCGAGCGUCGCGUCGAGCGUUCUCAGUCCGCGGAGUUCCUCCGCUUCCGCCGGCGCGUCCGCUUGCGCGGCAUCCGCCAUCGCCGCGGGUUCGUCCGCCAGCGGCGCGGCCAGCGGCGCGGGUUCUGCGGCGGCAGCCGCGACGUCGCCAGUCGGGAUUCCAGCUGCGCAGACGGCGGUGGGGAUUCCCCCUGCGCACGCGGGCGCAAUAGCGGCGGGGCACGCGGGUAUAAUGUCCCCGCGAGGCAACGUAGCUGUGGGGUUCCCGCCGACGUUCCCCCAGUCCUCCGCCACGCACGCGGGAAUGCCCGCGCACCUCGGUGGCGCGGGGGUUGGCGGAACGGCCCCCGGAAUCCUCCCUGGCGGAGGGCGCGUUGUCAUUGGGCGACCCGUCACUGGCGCAUGCGGCCCGCGCUCCCUCCUCCGCGUGAUGCCUUCCGCCAAUGGCGCGCCCGCCUCCGCUGCCACCGCGGGAACCCCGGGGAUGAGCGGAACGAUGCUGGGCAUGCCGCUGCACCUCUGGGGACGAUCACCCGCGCGCGCGGAGCAAGCCAACGCGAGCGCGCGCGGAUGGGGGAGCCUUCAAACCGGAGUACCCGCGCACGGCUCCGCGGGUGGCGCUGGGGGAAGCGGAACCGUCAUGAUGGGGGGAGCCACGUCGAGCGGCGCAUGGUACGGGAAUGGCGGCAUGGGCGGCGGCGCUCCCGCGGGUUACCACCACCACCAAGGAUACAUGCACCCACAGGCACAGCAGGCGCAGCAGGGGUAUCCCAUGGGCAUGCAUGUGGACGCAUGGGGUCGACCCAUGGCUACCAUGCCCCAGCACCAGCAGCAGUACCCGCAGCAGCUGCAGGCAUCUCCGUACAUGUCCUCGUCCUCCUCUUAUGGCAUGCCGUAUCACAUGAGCUACCCCAUGCCUACACCUGAUGCCACGGCUGCUGCUGCUGCUGCCUCUGCUUCUGCUGCUGCUGGUCCGUAUUCCAGCGCCAUGCUGGUUUACCCCGGAGCAGCAGCAGCAGGAGCAGUAGUGGGUCAGCACCAGCAGCACCAGCAGCAGCACAAUCAGCAGCAUCACGCUGCCGCGCCGUUCGCGUGCUCGUCGCCGUGCUCCUCGCUGGGGUCGCUGCCUGGGUUCCCUGCAGCCAGCAGCAGCACCGCCACCACCUCGCACUCCGCACGCACCUGCUCCGAUGCCAGCCCUGCUGCUCCUGCCGCUGCUGCUGCUGCUGCUGCUCCGGCACCUGCAGCGGAAGCGCCAGCAGUGGCAGCAUCAGCGGCGGCGGCCGCGGGCGCGGCGGAAGGUCUGGCAGAAGCGGCAGCGGGUGAUUCGGCUGCUGCUGCUGCUACCGCUGCUGGUGGGGAUGACAGCAGUGCUGGUGACAACAAGCCUGAUGCUGAUGCUUGCGCUGGUGCUGCCAGUGAUGCGGCAACGAAAGGGGAAGCUUGUGCUGCUGGGAUGCAGCAGCAGCAGGCGAAGGAGGAGGAGCAAGAGCAGCAGGAGCAAGUCCAGCAGGUGAAGCAGGAGCAGGGAGUUGUAGAAGAGGAAGAGGAGGAUCCCGAGGCGUUAUUCGCCGACUCUCUAUUCCACGACCACGACGACCUCUCACUGCUGCUGCACAUGCCGUCCUCGCCCGUGCACGACCCUAACAGCACCACCGACGCUCUAGACCUGCUCAACCACUUCCCGUCCUCCACCUUAUGUGGACUGAAGGGUACAUGCAUGGGGGGAAGCGGCACGGAGAGUGAUGAUGAUGAGGUUGCAGAGUGCAAGUCACUCAACCCUGUCUGCCUCAAGCCCAUUGCGCCACCGCCGCCCACACGACCCACUCCUGUGCUGUAA